AUGGCUACAGCGGCUCAGCUCAACUGCCCAUUUUCUCAGGCAGGCAAUAAAACCCCUUUUCUGGGUAUUAAAGCCGGCAAGACGCCGCCUUUUGUUUCGUUCCGCGCAGGAAAAGGCAACGGGCUCCGGUUUUCAAGGCGCAGCCGGCACAGGCCUCUCAGGGUCGUGUGCGAGAAGGUGGUGGGGAUCGACCUAGGCACCACCAACUCCGCCGUGGCGGCGAUGGAGGGCGGCCAGCCGACGAUCGUGACCAACGCCGAGGGUCAGCGGACGACGCCGUCGGUGGUGGCGUACACCAAGGCGGGGGACAGGCUGGUGGGGCAGAUCGCGAAGAGGCAGGCGGUGGUGAACCCUGAGAACACGUUCUUCUCGGUGAAGAGGUUUAUUGGGAGGAAGAUGAACGAGGUAGAUGAGGAGUCUAAGCAGGUUUCGUAUAGGGUUGUGAAGGAUGAGAAUGGAAAUGUGAAAUUGGAGUGUCCUGCUACUGGUAAAUUGUUUGCUCCUGAGGAGAUUUCAGCUCAGGUCUUGAGAAAGUUGGUUGAUGAUGCCUCAAAGUUUUUAAACGAUAAGGUCACUAAAGCAGUUAUAACUGUACCGGCCUAUUUCAAUGACUCCCAAAGGACCGCAACAAAAGAUGCUGGCCGAAUCGCUGGAUUGGAAGUCCUCCGUAUAAUCAAUGAACCUACAGCUGCUUCAUUGGCUUAUGGUUUUGAGAAGAAAAAUAAUGAAACAAUUCUCGUUUUUGACCUUGGAGGUGGUACAUUCGAUGUUUCAGUUCUUGAGGUUGGAGAUGGUGUUUUUGAGGUGCUUUCCACCUCAGGGGACACACAUCUCGGAGGUGAUGAUUUUGACAAGAGAAUAGUCGACUGGCUUGCAGACAAUUUCAGAAAAGACGAAGGCAUUAAUCUUCUGAAAGACAAACAAGCCCUCCAGCGUUUAACCGAAACUGCGGAGAAGGCGAAAAUAGAAUUAUCUUCUUUAACUCAAACCAACAUUAGUUUGCCCUUUAUCACUGCCACUGCAACUGGUCCAAAACACAUAGAUACAACGUUAACAAGGGCUAAAUUCGAAGACUUAUGCUCUGACUUACUAGACAGGCUGAAAACUCCUGUUGAGAAUGCCUUGAGAGAUGCAAACCUCUCAAUAAAGAACAUAGAUGAAGUAAUUCUGGUUGGAGGCUCGACCCGAAUACCUGCAGUUCAGGGUCUUGUUAAGAAGAUGACUGGGAAAGAACCUAAUGUCACUGUUAAUCCAGACGAGGUUGUUGCACUUGGAGCCGCAGUUCAGGCUGGUGUUUUGGCCGGUGAUGUCAGCGAUAUCGUGCUCCUCGACGUGACCCCACUGUCACUCGGCUUAGAGACGCUCGGUGGUGUAAUGACGAAAAUCAUCCCGAGAAAUACCACUUUACCGACUUCCAAAUCAGAGGUUUUCUCCACAGCAGCCGAUGGCCAAACAAGUGUCGAGAUAAAUGUGCUGCAAGGCGAACGCGAAUUCGUGAGGGAUAACAAAUCCUUAGGAAGCUUCCGGUUGGACGGGAUCCCUCCGGCGCCACGUGGGGUCCCACAAAUCGAGGUGAAAUUCGAUAUAGAUGCUAAUGGAAUCCUCUCGGUCACGGCCAUUGACAAAGGAACAGGGAAAAAGCAGGAUAUCACCAUAACUGGAGCUAGCACCUUACCCAAGGACGAGGUGGAUAGAAUGGUUAGGGAUGCUGAAAGAUUCGCAAAGGAGGAUAAGGAGAAACGAGAAGCAAUCGACACCAAGAACCAGGCCGAGUCUGUAGUGUAUCAAACUGAAAAGCAACUGAAAGAACUUGGAGAGAAAGUCCCAGCAGGUGUAAAAGAGAAAGUGGAAAAUAAAUUGAAGGAGCUGAAGGAUUCUCUCUCUAGUGGCUCCACACAAGCCAUUAAGGAUGCCAUGGCUGCUUUGAAUCUGGAAGUCAUGCAGAUCGGGCAGUCUUUGUACGGUCAGCCAGGAGCUGCUGCCUCAGGGCCUGAGCCAGCCGGUGGGCCCACCCGGGAAAGUGGCUCGACUGGUAAAUCGUCAGAUGGAGAUGGGGAAGUGAUUGAUGCGGAUUUUACCGAGAGUAGCUGA